GCUACCUGCCAUACCAUGUAUACAUCCAAGACUCUACUUCAGCAACACCAGAAGGAUGUCCAUCAAGCUCAGGUUGAGGAAUCUACCUCUGCUGAAUAGUCUACUACCUUUAUUCAUGAUCCCACCUUCAACAAGAGCACUUGGCAGUGGCUGGAGAGGCUGGGGCAGGGAUGGGCACCAGCAACAAGGCUCAUGUGGAAGGCACUGUUGGAUCUGACACUCCUCAAGUCUCACUCUUGCUUCAUCCCAGUAAAGGCAAGAUUCAAAAUUUGAAGCAGAUAAAAGCCCAAGGAAGGCAACAGAGAAAUUCAGACAAACUCAAAGGAAGAUCAAAUGAAAAGCAAGGCAACACCCAGCCUGCAAAACAAGAACAUGCCUGCAAGGAGUGCAAAGAACUAUUUAAUACUAAGUAUGAAGCCGAUAUACACCUGCAGCAAGUUCACCUCGAUAUAACUCCGUGGAAUAACAAAUACCGUUGCAAUACCUGCAGUGAAACUUUUGCUCAGAAAAUAAGUCUAAAUGUGCACUGUAUGUUCAAGCAUGGAGAUCGUCGUCGAUACCAGUGUGACAAGUGUGAUUAUGAGGGUCCGAGGCUCUACCACCUUAAGAGACACAUGAAGGUACACACUGAUGAGCGUCAGUAUGUUUGUUCAAUAUGUGACAAAGGUCUGAAAACUAAUCAGGCCUACAGGAAUCAUAUGGUUCUUCAUACUAAUGAUGGCCGAUUUGUUUGUAAUGUGUGCAAUAAGGCAUACAAUCAGAAAAGCAUAUUUGAAGAUCAUCAACGCAGUCACCAAGAAGAGCGAAAUUAUUCUUGCAAUUACUGUGAUGCUGCCUUCAAGACCUACAAGCACGUAGCCUGCCACAUUCGGGCAGUACAUCUUAAUGACAAACGAUUUAUAUGUGAUUUAUGUGGUUCUCGACACAUGACUGGCUCGAACCUCAAAGCACACAUGAAAAUACACAGAGAUAUUUCAAAACUUCCUCAUGCAUUCCAUUGUAGUGUAUGUAAAGCAACAUUCAGAGGCUUUGGUGGACUCUCCGUUCAUAUGAGAGUGAUUCAUGCCAUGAAUCUCCCCCAAGAGAAAGUUAACAAAGUUAGUGACAAAACUUUAUUGACGCCCCAUCCCACACGGCGUCCAGUUAAGCUUGAAUAUACGCUCGCUUCUAGUAGUGAAGUAGUAGAUGAUCCAGAGAUGGUAGAUGUUAGUGAGAAAGAACAUGAUGAUAUUGUUUAUGAGGAGGGAGUGAACUUCUCAGUUUGUAAGGUCAAGAUUGAGAAUAUGGAAUAUGAAGUUCAAUAUAAUCCUGAGACCCCAAAGUAAAUAAAGAUCAUUAAAAUA